AAGUACGCUGACACUUGAGAAGGAAUCAACGCGGUUUACUCACUCUGCUAUUUUUCUUUACGCAAUUUUGUUCAUUGAGAUCGGGAUUUGGAAUUUUAUAUCAUUUGUGAACCCAUUAUUUCAGGACCCCUGUAUCUCUUUUAUUCUCUUUUUUCUAUCUUUAUUAUCUAUGUUCUUCCCUUCUUCACACCAUCACUCCCUACAUUUUCCAAUCCUAUUUGACUCAUUUAAUCCUACAAAAAUCUUCACUUUUUUUCUGGGUUUUAUUCUAUCCUCCAAAUAUCUACACAUUUCAUGUAAACUAAAUUCUGUGUUUUCAUUCAAUCUUACAUUUUUUAUUCUAUUCAAAUAUGUAAAUUAAAGUCUGGGUUUUGUGACAUUUUAUUAAAGCAUGUAAAUCAAUUCCUGGGUUUUCUCAGAUCAAUUUGUGAAGUUGCAUGUCAGAUCAACUAUUGAGAUCACUCUUACAAUUAAUUAAGAAGAAAGCUUAAUUAAUUGAUUUGGUUAAUCCACCAUUAACAAUGGAAGUUCUUCCAGAUAUUGAGGCCACUCAAUAUUUGAGUUUAAUUGCUGCCUUAUCUUAUGGAGCUACUUCUAUGGCUAUGGUCUUCCUCAACAAGGCAAUCCUCAUGGAAUACUCGUACUCAAUGACUCUCCUCACAGUCCAGCAAUUGGCAACUGCUCUGCUUAUUCACAUCGGUCGUGUGAUGGGAUACACAAAGGCCAAGGCUUUGAACAUGGAUACUGCUAAGAAGCUUCUUUGGGUGUCACUUUUCUACAAUGCCAAUGUAGCCUUUGCUUUAGCAAGCUUGAAAGGAGUUAAUAUACCCAUGUACAUUGCGAUCAAACGACUUACACCACUCGCUGUGUUGGUGGCUGGAUUCUUUUCAGGGAAGAAAAGACCUUCAAGACAGGUGAGUCUUUCAGUGAUCCUAACAGCUGUUGGGGUACUUAUUGCAGCACUUGGAGAUUUUUCCUUUGACCUUUUUGGUUACAGCAUGGCAUUAACUUCUGUCUUUUUUCAGACAAUGUACCUAGUCUUAGUUGAGAAGUCUGGUGCAGAAGAUGGACUCUCAUCAGUGGAGAUAAUGUUCUAUAACAGCUUUUUGUCACUUCCAGUUCUUGUGUUUCUUAUUCUAGCUACAAAAGAGUUUCCUGAUUCACUAUCUUUGUUGUUUGGCAAGAGUUCCUCCAUGUCAUUUUUGGUGAUCCUUGCUGCUUCUCUAAUCAUGGGCAUUGCCCUCAACUUCACCAUGUUCCUUUGUACGAUAGUCAACUCUGCUCUGACGACCACUAUUGUUGGAGUUCUGAAAGGUGUUGGAUCAACGACCCUUGGAUUUGUCUUGCUGGGAGGAGUAGAAAUACAUGCUCUGAAUGUGACUGGAUUGGUCAUCAACACUGUAGGAGGCGUUUGGUAUUCUUACGCCAAAUACCAGGAGAAGAAAAAUAAGCUACCUAAGACAAUUCCUGAUGCGGAGGCAUAUCGAAAAUAAUAGGAUUAUAUCUUUUUUUAUUUUUUAUUUAUUUUUUUUAUUUUUUAUUUUUUUUCUGCCUUCAUUUGAUACUAUUUUGUUUGGUGAUGGCAUGCAUCAUUUAUUUUCAUUAAUGUAUACGUCCAUGUGAACCUCAGCAAUAGAGAUAUAUUUGUUACACAUUGCUCCGAAAGAAAUAUAAGAUGUUGAAAUCAAAUGAAUAAAUGAUUUACCUUGCG